AUGUGUGACCAGUGGUCGACGUACCCCGUCAAGAUGCACACCUUGUUCGGGGACCAACAGUCCUACUACCGGCACCCGGCGGCCACCUAUCCGCCGGCGGCCCUGCAGCAGAUGUCCAGCAUGACGCCCAACGCCUACAGCUACGACGGCUACACGGCCAUGAGCCGCUACCACCCGUACGGCUACAGCCCGCAGCAGCACACGCCGCCCAAGGACAUGGUGAAGCCGCCGUACUCGUACAUCGCGCUCAUCACCAUGGCCAUCCAGAACAACCCCGACCAGCGGGUGACCCUCAACGGCAUCUACCAGUUCAUCAUGGAGCGCUUCCCGUACUACCGCGAGAACAAGCAGGGCUGGCAGAACUCCAUCCGCCACAACCUCAGCCUCAACGAGUGCUUCGUCAAGAUCCCGCGGGACGACAAGAAGCCGGGCAAGGGCUCGUACUGGACGCUGGACCCCGAGGCGCGCAACAUGUUCGACAACGGCUCGUACCUGCGCCGCCGGAAGCGCUUCAAGAAGAAGGACGCCAUCCGGGAGAAGGACGAGGCGCUCAAGCGGCAGCAGGAGACGCAGGGCACGCCCUACGGGCACGGAGACCGAGCCGCGGACGCAGCAGGCGGACGCCACGGCCGUGGGCAUCACGCAGCAGUCGCAGCCCCAGCCGCAGCAGCAACAAGUACAGCAACAGCAGCCGCACCCGCAGCAGCCCCCGACGCAGCCGCCGCAGCAGCCGCGGUCAGUGGUGUCGGGGCCGCAGGAGGGGGAGGGCGGGCAGGUGGGGGGCGGAACCCCCCUGUCGCCCCUGUGCCAGCCCAAGACCGAGCCCCUCGACUCCCCGGACCUCCCUCCCGCCUGCCUGCCGGAAGUCAAAGCCGCCGCCCACACGCCGCCCCUGCACGCCCACACACACACCCCGCCUCUCCACAAUCACACCCACACGCCGCCCUUACAUACCCACGCCCACCUGCCGCCCACCUCGCUGCCCACAACGUCCGCGAGCGCCGGCCACGAGGGCUCGUACCUGGAGGUGGGUUCCUCCUUCAGCGUGGACUCGCUGGUGCCCGGGAGCCGCGACGUGGGGCGCGAGGCCUCCCCCGGGGCGCUCUUGACGGAGGCGCAGCAGCAGUACCGCUCCAGCAUGUACUACGACACAAUGGGCUACUGCCAGUACAGUGACACCCGCGCCCCCUCGGUCUUCCCGACGGCCACUGCAGAGGACAUGAGCGCGUGCGGCAGCACCGUGACUGCCGGAGGCGCUGCGGCCGUGGGAGGCAUGACCAUGCAGGCGGCGGCGGCGGCGGCGGCCUACUCGCGC